AUGAGAGAGUGUGUGCUUUCAGCUAGAGUUUCUGUAUUAGUCAAUAGAUCACCAACAUCUGAGUUCACUCCUCAAAGAGGUCUUAGACAAGGUGAUCCAUUAUCACCAUUUCUUUUCAAUGUUGUAGCUGAAGGUCUAAAUAUUCUUUUGGGUAGAGCUUUACAGUUGGGAUUGAUUAGAGAGGUUGUCGUUGGCUCAAACGAUCUUGUGAUCACCCAUCUUCAAUAUGCAGAUGAUACAAUAUUAUUUUGUGAGGCAGAAUGGGGGGAGAUUGGGAAUGUUAAGAGGAUUCUAAGAUGUUUUGAAAUGCUUUCAGGACUGAAAAUUAAUUACCAUAAGAGUGUGGUGUGUGGGAUUGGCAUUAGUGAGGACCUCACUAAAGGAUUUGCUGACAAAUUGAAUUGCUUACAUCUAAAUUUGCCUUUAAAAUACUUAGGGAUGCCAUUGGGGGAUUGUCCAAGGAGAAAAAGGUCCUGGCAACUUGUGAUUGAUAAGUGCAGACAAAAGCUAGCUUCUUGGAAUAAGAGAUUCCUAUCUUUUACAGGGAGAUUAACACUGAUAAAAUUAUAUUCUGUAAUAGUGGGAAAUGUUGAAUCUGUGGACUUGGUGUAUAGUAGAAGAACUGGUGCUGAGAAGUGGAAUCUAAAUUUCAGAAGGUCUCUGUUUCAGUGGGAGGUAGAGGAGUUUAGGAGAAUGACUACAAUGUUACUUAAUGCUCUAGCUCUUAGGGAAGGUAGGAGGAAUAUAUUGUGUUGGAUUGCAGAUGCCUUAGGGUCUUUCUCAGUUGCAUCAGCUUAUAAAUUGAGUCAAUUGGGUCAUGGAGCUAAUAGCAAGAUUACUGAGUUCAUUUGGAAGAAUGUAUCUUCUCCCAAGGUUCAAUUUUUUGGUUGGUUAGCAUGGAAAGGGAGAGUCAAGUCUUCUAGCUAUCUACAAAAAAUUGGUGUUCUAAAUGCUGGAUCAACUGGUUGGAAAUUAUCAAAGCAGCUGAAGUUAAUCUGGAAUGUUGUUUCUUUGGCUAUGCUUUGGUUCAUAUGGAAGCAAAGGGAUGACUGUCUUUUCAAAAGUGCUCAAGCUGAUGUUGUGAGUUUGUGUGAUUCCAUCAAGGUGAGGAUUGCAUUGUGGAUCAAAUCCUCUUGCCCAGUUGUGGUAUACUCAGUCAAUGAGAUUGUUCAUUAUCUUCAACAGGUAUAG